AUGGCGGACAUCACAGCGAACGCCACAUGCGGGCAGGACGGGCCGGAGAUGUACUGCAAACUGGUGGAGCAUGUCGCUGGCCAACCUGUCCGAAACCCCCAGUGUCGCAAAUGCAACCUCAAGAAGCAACAUCCCAUUGAGUAUGCCAUUGAUGGGACAAACAGAUGGUGGCAGAGCCCCAGCAUCAAGAAUGGUAUGGACUACCACUACGUAACCAUCACUCUGGACUUAAAGCAGGUGUUUCAGAUUGCCUACAUGAUCUUAAAGGCGGCCAACUCCCCCCGGCCAGGCAACUGGAUUCUGGAGCGCUCGCUGGACGGCGUCACGUUCACCCCUUGGCAAUACUACGCCAUCACAGACACCGAGUGCCUCACCCGCUUCAACGUGGUGCCGGGCAGAGGCCCGCCGUCUUAUACACGGGACGACGAGGUCAUCUGCACGUCUUUCUACUCCAAGAUCCACCCUCUGGAGAAUGGAGAGAUUCACACCUCCCUCAUCAACGGCCGUCCAAGCGCAGAUGACCCCUCCCCGACCUUGCUCAACUUCACCUCUGCCCGCUACAUCCGACUGCAGUUCCAGCGAAUCAGGACGCUCAAUGCUGACCUCAUGACCCUGGCUCAGAACGACCCACGAGAGGUGGACCGCAUAGUCACCAGACGUGUGAGUCUCUUUAACCAGUUCUCACUUUCUUUCUGUCUCUCUGUAUAUAGCUCCUUUCUUUUCCGUUUCUCACACAAUCUUUGAAUCUAACUGUGUCAAAUAAAUUAUUCAUUCAUUCAAUCAAUCAAU